GUUUUAUUUAAAAAAAUGUCGGCCUGAAAUUCAGGUUUCGUGGAAACAUGAAAAGUCAAUAGGGAAGGGCAAUAUGAUCAUUUUGGUACAUAAGUGGAAGCAUGUUUGAGAAAAUGGGGGAAAAUAGAGCAGGCAGUGUCUGUUGAAUGUUCUUAAUCAGAGACCGUCUCCACCACUGCCACUCUGUUUUGCGCCUCUUCGUCCUCUCCAAAACUAGAAUAUGCGAUACAGCCAUUGAAUUUAAGACCCGCCUUUCCGUUCAUUGCAUUCCAGCUUGUUCUCUCAUCUUCUGGAGGCGCGGCCAUUGGUUACAAGGGAGGUGAGGUGGGAGUGCAUUGAAUUAAAAGCGAACGCGUGGACUGCAUAGCUUGAACUGCUGACAGUUGUAAUAGUCAAAGCCUCGGCCUGGCUUCCCGUCUGCCGCGCCGCGACAUGUUCAAUGUUUCAGUUUAGGCUCCGUUGGCUCUGAGUGAACAUUCAACUCCACGCCUCAAUGGAUAACUCAUCGGCUCGGAGUGAUCGGAAAUUGAAGAGGUUGGAAUCUCGGAAGUCCCAUUCUUGGUGGUGGGAUAGUCACGUCAGCCCCAAAAACUCUAGAUGGCUCACGGACAAUCUCGAGGAGAUGGACCGGAGCAUCAAACGUAUGUUGAAGCUAAUAGAAGAGGAUGCAGAUUCAUUUGCCAAGAAGGCUGAGAUGUAUUAUCAGAAGAGGCCAGUGUUGAUUUCUCAUGUUGAGGAUUUCUACCGCAUGUAUCGUUCCCUUGCUGAGCGCUAUGAUCAUGUGACAGGAGAGCUUCGAAAAAAUAUUCCGUCAGAUCUACAAUCCCAGGGCUCUGGUAUUUCUGACCUGGGCUCUGAGCCGUCCUCUACAUGGCCCUCUCCUGACCAAAGGCUUGGACGUCGGAAAUCUGGGCCACGAGCUGCUGGCUUUGAUUUCUUCCUUGGAUCUGGUGGGAGCAACUCUGAUACUUGCCAAAAGGAAGGAGAUGAGUCAUCUUCCUUGACAGAUUCUGAACCUGAAUCGGACGAUUCCUCGGUGAAUAAUUAUUCAGGUGGUGAUCAAGGUGUGAACAGGAAGAUGAUUGAAUUGGAGAUUGAGCUCCGUCAGGCUAAAGAAAAGCUCCGCAUGAAAGAGGAUAAUGCCGAAAGUUCAUUUCCAUUCAAGGGGGCAACAGAUGAAAAUUCUGAUGAUGUAUUUGCUAGAAUGUCUGUGUACGAGGAAGAAGUAAGGAAUGCAAAUGAGAAGCUCCGGAUUUCAGAUGUACAGAUCAUGAAGUUGGAAAGUGAGCUCCAAAAGUACAGGCAAGCAGAAUUGUCCAAAGAUUUGCAGGCGGAGUCUGUGUGUGCUACAAUGGUAGAUGUCCAGAGGCACGAGAAUGGAGUCAUUAAUCAGGAACCAGAGAUUGAAGAACAUGAUAAAGGUUUGGGAGUUGACCAAGUCAUUAACGUGGAGGGAGUGUUGGAAGAACUAAAAAUUAUGAAGGAAAAACUCGAUAACUCGCAGAAAGAACUUUCUAAAUUAAAGCUUGAACUUGAGAACAAUAGAUCACCUGAGAAAAUCUUGCAUUUGCAGAAUGAGCUUGAAGCUGCCCGAAAAGAUACCACAACAUGGAAGGCCAAACUAAGUGCAGAGAGAAGAGAGGUCUCCAAGCUACAAGAAAGAGUUUUGAGGUUGAAAGCUAGUUUAUCGGAUCGAGAGCACGAGAUUAGGGAUUUAAAACUAGCAGUAUCUGAUGCGGAGCUGAAAAUUUUUCCUGAGAAAGCACAGGUUAAGGCUGAAAUGUCUAAGCUUUUUGAGGAACGAGCUGUAUUGAUGGAACAAGUGAGAGAAGGGGAACAUCAAGCUCGUGUUUUGGAGGAUGAGAUCAGAAAAGUGAAGGGGGAAAAGGGGGAUUUGGAGGAGAGACUUAGUGGUGAGAUUGGGCGGCUGGAAACGACAAUUGUUGGCAAAGUGGAAUGCAUUGAGAAUCUGGAAAGGGAACGUGAUAAGCUCCAUGCAGAAGUUGUUAGUUUGAAAGAUAAUUUGAGGUGUAAAGAGAAGCAGGUGGGUGAAAUUAGGGAGCAUGUGCAGAAACUGGAAAGGGAACGUGUGGAGCUGGUAUCAGGCGUUGAAAAAGCAGAUAAGGUGGCAGAGGAGUUAAGACUAAGAGAGAAGGAACUAGAAAGGGAGGUGGAGAGGCAAAGAGAACUGGUAAUGGAAGGAGCAGAGGAAAAAAGAGAGGCUAUAAGACAGCUAUGUUUUUCGAUUGAGCACUACAGGAGUGGAUAUCACAUGCUGAGAGAAGUUUUCAUCGGUCACAAGCGGGUUCCGGUGUUGGCAUCUUAAUCAGUCAUGGCUGUAGUACAUACAUGUUUAGAAUAUAUGGAAUGUCCAAGAGUUGUUGGCUUGUUUUGGGGGUGAAACAAAUAGUUGAACACGAUACGGUUCUGUUUAUUAAAAUUAAUGAUGUAAAUGUAGUUGUUGAAGUAACAAUGAGCGGGGGCUUGUCUAACGCCUACCUGCCGCUGGUAAUGUCCUGGAUUUUGUUUUCACAACUCUGCCAUGAUAUGUCAAUGGUCCAGUAUCCAGAGACACAACUCCUUACUUCAAAGUAUGUACACUUAUAGGACCUUUUGUACUUGGGUAAACCUUGUAAUAUGGAAGACGCAAGCAAAUGAGCCCCAUCUUCUAUGGUUUGUAUUUUGUUCUGCAACGCCACUAUUCUUCGAAACAAAUUUGAUUAAUAGUGGAUGGCCUUAUUGUCCACGUUA